GCAGAAGAUUUUUAGGGUCAGUGCACAUUUUGUAUUUGCUUGAUUAAACACACAACAUGAUUAGCAGAGAAUGAUGAUUCCAUGCGAAAGUAAUGACUAAAAAUAAUGAUGAAUGACGGGUGAGGGAAAUGGAGAAUCUAGUAGAAAAAAAAGGGGAAAGAUAAGCUUGAAAGGAACUUUAAAUGUGGCUUCAGUAGAACUUUCGGCCUCAUGAGUAUUUUAAUGUAUUUUUUAAAAUUUGUCGUCAUUUAUUGGUCUGGAUAAUUGAUAUUUGACGGUGAGUUUGGUCGGGCGGGCUUUGUAUAGCCGCGCCGUGGGCCCACGAUGCAUAUAAUUUUUAUUUUCUCCCGCUCUCUGUAUAUCGCUGCUUCCCAAUACUUGCCCACACAUUCUACGUGGGAGAGGUUCAAACUCGCACAAUGGAAAUAGAACAAUCGUUAUCGCCUGUUCCGGUUCCCAAAGAUCCCCCAAAGAUUCAUCGUCUAGACGAGUCAGUGGUGAAUCGAAUCGCUGCUGGCGAGGUGAUUCAACGGCCCGUAUCGGCAGUGAAAGAGUUGGUGGAGAAUAGUCUAGAUGCUCACUCUACUUCUAUUAACGUUGUCGUCAAGGACGGUGGCCUCAAGCUUAUCCAAGUCUCCGAUGAUGGUCACGGUAUUCGAUAUGAGGAUUUGCCUAUACUAUGCGAGAGGCACACCACGUCGAAGCUGUCCACUUAUGAGGAUUUGCAGUCGAUAAAGUCGAUGGGCUUCAGGGGAGAGGCGUUGGCUAGUAUGACCUAUGUGGCUCAUGUUACUGUCACCACCAUCACUGAAGGUCAGUUGCAUGGCUACAGGGUAUCUUAUAGAGAUGGUGUCAUGGUGGAACAGCCGAAAGCUUGUGCUGCUGUGAAAGGGACCCAGAUAAUGAUAGAGAACUUGUUCUAUAACAUGAUUGCUCGGAGGAAGACACUCCAGAAUUCUUCUGAUGAUUAUUCAAAAAUUAUAGACUUGUUGUGCCGGUUUUCCAUUCAUCACAUAAAUGUGAGCUUUUCUUGCAGAAAGCAUGGAGCUGCCAGAGCAGAUGUACACUCGGUAGCAACAUCUUCAAGGCUGGAUUCUAUCAGAUCUGUUUAUGGGGUCUCAGUUUCUCGCAAUCUAAUUAAGAUAGAAGCUUCAGACAGUGAUCCCUCUAGUUCAGUUUUCGAUAUGAAUGGCUUCAUAUCAAAUUCUAAUUACAUUGCAAAGAAAACUACAAUGGUGCUUUUUAUCAACGAUAGACUAGUGGAAUGCUCUGCUUUGAAGAGAGCCCUUGAAAUUGUUUAUGCUGCCACCUUACCCAAAGCAUCAAAACCUUUUGUAUACAUGUCAAUCGUGUUGCCGCCUGAGCACAUUGAUGUGAAUGUGCAUCCAACAAAGAGAGAGGUGAGCCUUCUGAAUCAGGAAAUAAUUGUUGACAAGAUACAAAUGGCUGUAGAAUCAAAGUUGAGGAGCUCGGAUGAGGCAAAGAUAUUUCAUGAACAGAUGGGGGACCCUUCUCCAAGUUGUCAUUUGGGUACGAGCAAGGAUUUGAAUGAUGAUUCUUCACCCUCUGCAUCAAAAUCACAAAAAGUUCCUGUGAAUAAAAUGGUAAGAACUGAUGUACUGGAUCCAGCUGGAAGGUUGUAUGCUUACUUUGAGGCCAAGCCUCUUCAACGAAAUGUAAAGAAUUCUACCUUGACUGCUGUAAGGUCCUCGGUUAGGCAAAGAAGGAACCCAAAGGAAACUGCUGAUCUCACUAGCGUUCAAGAGCUGAUAAACAAUAUUGACCUCAACUGUCAUUCUGGUCUGUUGGACAUUGUACAACAUUGCACAUUUAUUGGAAUGGCAGAUGAUAUUUUUGCAUUGCUUCAGCAUAGUACUCAUCUAUAUCUUGCAAAUGUAGUAAACUUGAGCAAAGAGCUUAUGCAUCAACAAGUUCUACGCCGGUUUGCACAUUUUAAUGCUAUACAACUAAGUGAUCCAGCCCCUUUGCCGGAGCUGAUUAUGCUGGCUUUGAAGGAGGAAGACUUGGAUCCAGAAUCCAAUGAAAAUGAUGGCCUAAAAGCGAAGAUUGCCGAAAUGAAUACUGAGUUGCUGAAGGAAAAGGCUGAAAUGCUGGAAGAAUAUUUCUGCAUUUAUAUUGACUCUUAUGGGAAUUUGUCUAGGCUUCCUGUUGUACUUGACCAGCACAUGCCCGACAUGGAUAGAAUCCCUGAAUUUGUACUUUCUUUGGGCAAUGAUGUUGAUUGGGAGGAUGAGAAGUGCUGCUUUCAGGCAAUUGCAGCUGCUCUUGGAAACUUUUAUGCAAUGAACCCUCCUCUACUGCCCAAUCCAUCUGGUGAUGGUUUGCAGUUUUAUAAAAGGAGAAGACCUGUAAUUAGUCCUAAUAAUGAUGAAGAUCCCACUGAUAUAGGGGAUGUUUCAGUUGAGGAUGAAAUUGAGCAUGGUCUGCUCUCUGAGGCAAAGACUGCAUGGGCCCAGCGUGAAUGGUCAAUUCAGCAUGUCUUGUUUCCUGCCAUGAGACUCUUUUUCAAACCACAAGCUUCACUGGCUACAAAUGGAACGUUUGUUAAGGUAGCUUCAUUAGAGAAACUUUAUAAAAUUUUUGAGAGGUGCUAACUGAAUGGAAGAUCAGAAUUGUUCUUUUAUUACCGGAUUGGAAGAGGGGUUGAGCAAUUUGUGCUCCAUGAUUGAUGCAUCCUUUCGGCAGCCACAUAGGGGCCUUAUGUACAUGUUAUGUAAAGAAAGAACCUCUGGGCUCUUGAUGAUUUUGCUUGUUCCCUGGCAGAUGAACUAAUUUGUAUCAAUUAGACUGUUUCUGAAGUUUUUUGUUGCAGUAGAUCACCUGCCAAAUCAAGCCCCUGAGCUUUUUGUUCCAUAUGUCAUAAUUCAUUAGACCAGUGCUAAAUUCUGUGUAUUUGUGUCUAAAAGCACUAGUUAUGAGAGCCUUCAUGGAAUUGGGUCAUUUUUUUAUAUUAAUAGUAUUUCAAAUGCCAAAUUUAACCAAA